AUGGCUUUUAUCACCGUCUACGAGAUCCUGGAUGUGGACCCCCGCGUGGCGGCGCGGAAUGCCCGGUGGCGGCGCACCGGCGAGAUCCUGCCCUUCAGCUCGAAGUACUCGGCCGAGCUGACGCCCACCCAGAGCAGCCCGCUGGGCGGCCGCAAGGACCGGGUGAGCAUGCGAUGGGCCAGCCGCCGGGGCAGCGACAGCUCCUCCUACAAGACGCCGUUCUCCUCGUCCGGGGCGUCGUACGCGUCGAGCCGGCGCGGGUCGGUGUCCGGCGGCAAGGGGCCCAGCGGCAUGGCCGGCGGCCCGGGGGCCGGGGGCCCGAUGGCCGCCGGCGGCACGGCCGACAUCCCCUGGAUCUCGGCCGACGACCCGCCGACGAAUGAGUACUUCCUCGGGGGCGAGGGGCCGGCCGAGUUCGAGCCCGGGGCGUCGCUCGGCCCGGGCGAGGCGGCCCCCAUGGAGGCCGGCCGGCCCGGCAGCAUCCUGGUGGGGGUCAGCCAGGCCACGCUCGCGGCCGGGCCCGGCUCGCAGCCGGCCGCCCCGGCGACAUCACGGCUCCCGCCCCGUACCAUGGGCCAGCGGCUGCGGGUCCUGUUCGGGUGGGUGGCCGGGGCGGUGGGGGCCCGGUCGGGCGCGGCCGUGGCCGGGCCACCGCACGAGGAGCUCGACCGCCCGGCCGCCGGGCGCAUCCUGCUCAAUCAAGACCCGCUGGGCAUCUUCCCGGCCGAGGCGGAGCUCCUGCUCGAGGACCUGGGCGGGCCGGCGGUCUUUGUCAGCCCCUCGCGAGACUACCUG